GGGGCCGAAGCCGGGUGGCGGCGGCGGCGGCGGCGAAGCCGGCCCGCCGCUGCCGCCCGGCACCUUCUGGCUCACCCGCAUCGCGCUGCUGCGCGCCACGGCGCUGCUUUACCUUGUGGCCUUCCUCGUGGCUUACCAUCAAAACAAGCAGCUGAUAGGAGAAAAGGGGCUGCUCCCAUGUACACUGUACCUGCAGAAUGUCAAAAGAUACUUCAAAGGGAAGAUAAAUCUGGAUGCACUGAGCUAUGCACCAACAAUCAUCUGGUUUCUGGACUGGUCAGACAUGGACAGUGUCUUGGACUACCUCUCUGGCUUUGGCCUGGCAACUUCAGCCUUUGUACUGGUAACUGGAUGUGCAAACAUGAUCCUCAUGGCCUUCCUGUGGAUUCUCUACCUCUCGAUUGUCAAUGUUGGACAGAUCUGGAUGGGAAUCACAGCUGCUGGAAACAGGGUUCCUGGGAAUAUUUCUGUGCCCACUCUGGACCCUCUCCCGACUGCCCAGUUACACUCCGCCUUCCACCAUCGUCAUCUGGGGCUUUCGGUGGCUCAUAUUCAGAAUUAUGCUUGGAGCAGGGUUGAUUAAAAUUCGAGGAGAUAGCUGCUGGAGAGAGCUAACUUGCAUGGACUAUCACUACGAGACCCAGCCGGUGCCCAACCCGAUAGCUUAUUUCAUGCAUCGCUCCCCGUGGUGGUUUCAUCAGUUUGAGACAUUAUUCAACCACUUCAUCGAGCUCGUGGUGCCGUUCUUCAUCUUCCUUGGGCGUCGCAUGUGCAUCGUACACGGCAUUUUGCAGAUCCUCUUCCAGGUGCUUCUGAUUGUAAGUGGAAACCUGAGCUUCCUCAACUGGCUGACCAUCGUGCCCAGCAUCGCUUGCUUUGACGACGCCAGCUUGGCCUUCCUCUUCAGUUCCAGGCAAGGAGGUGUGAAAGACCAGCUGGCACAGAUGCAAGUCAAGCGGGCAGCCGGAGAACAGCUUCCUCUGAGAUACGGCUGCUAUGUCCGCAAAGUGGUGAACAUCUCGUUUGGACUUCUGAUUGCUUAUCUCAGCGUCCCCGUCAUCGUAAACCUGCUUAAUGCCAGACAAGUCAUGAACACCUCGUUCAACCCUCUCAGAAUAGUGAACACAUACGGAGCUUUUGGAAGCAUUACAAAGGAGAGGACAGAAGUUAUCAUUCAGGGGACAUCCAGCAUGGAUCCCAAUGAUCCUGCCGCUGUCUGGGAGGAGUAUGACUUCAAAUGCAAGCCUGGAGAUCUGAAGAGGAGGCCGUGCUUUAUUAGCCCCUACCACUAUCGCCUGGACUGGCUCAUGUGGUUUGCCGCUUUCCAGACCUAUGAGCAGAAUGAAUGGAUAAUCCACCUGGCUGGAAAGCUGCUGGCGCAGGAGGAGGCAGCACUGUCCCUGAUGGCAACGAACCCCUUUGCGGGCAGAGCGCCCCCGCGCUCCUCUGUCCUGCUACACUCAUGGAAAAAGUAUUUUGCCAGAAGCGGUUCAGCAUGUUGCAGCUUCACAUCUUCAGCUUUCCACGUUUUGCGAUCCCCGCUUUCCCGGCAGUUUUGGUCCUGCAGGGUGAAGGGGUCCCGUUCACCCUCGCUGCGGAGCUCUAGUACCAUCUAGCGUCACCGCGGCGGCCCUUUAACAUCGCGCCAGACGUGCAGCCUUGCCAAAGGGCUUUUCUUUGCUCGUCACCCGCCCGGAGUGGCGGGAGGGGAGAGCCUGGCCUUGGCCUGGUGGUUUGGAGGAGGCCGAGGCGUGAGGCAGCGCGCGGGGCGGCCGCCCUCGGCGGGGGAGGCCGAGCGCGGCCUUGGCGCCACCGCCGCGGAAGCGGCUCCCUGGCCUUGGGGACACCCUUGGGCCACGGGGAAGCGCGUAGGGGUUGUCCCCGGCCGGGUUUCCGUCACCGAGGGGGGCGAUUUAACCGCCGC